AUGCAGUCCAAGCGGGAUCGGGGCUCCAGGUUCCCCCGGUGUGGCGGGCGUCGUUGGGGACGAUCCGCCAUUCCCACCUGCCCUUGGGCCCCGCAGCUCUGGUGUGAGCGAGUGAAUUCAGAGAACAAGGCGGCGCUGGAAGCCUGGGUCAGGGAGACGGGCAUCCGCCUGGUGCAGGUGAACGGACAGAGGAAGUACGGCGGGCCGCCCCCAGGCUGGGUGGGCAGCCCGCCGCCGGCCGGGUCCGAGGUGUUCAUCGGGCGGCUGCCGCAGGACGUGUACGAGCACCAGCUGAUCCCGCUGUUCCAGCGCGUGGGCCGCCUCUACGAGUUCCGCCUGAUGAUGACCUUCAGCGGCCUGAACCGCGGCUUCGCCUACGCGCGCUACAGUUCGCGGCGCGGCGCCCAGGCCGCCAUCGCCACGCUGCACAAUCACCAGCUGCGGCCGGCCUGCUCGCUGCUCGUGUGCCGCAGCACGGAGAAGUGCGAGCUGAGCGUGGACGGACUGCCGCAGGCCCUGAGCCGGGGCGCGCUGCUGCUCGCGCUGCAGCCGAUGGGGCCGGGCUUGCAGGAGGCGCUGCUGCUGCCCAGCCCGGGGCCCGCGCCCACGCAGAUAGCGCUGCUCAAGUUCAGCUCGCACCGCGCCGCCGCUAUGGCCAAAAAGGCCCUGGUGGAAGGGCAGUCACGCCUCUGUGGAGAGCAAGUAGCAGUGGAGUGGCUCAAGCCAGACCUGAAGCAGCGACUCCGCCAGCAGCUAGUGGGCCCCUCCCUGUCUUGCCUACAGCCAGAGGGCAGCCAGCUGGCCCUGGCCAGAGCCAGCCUAGAGUCUCAAGGAGCUCGGGCUGCCCUGCAGCUUCUGUGCCAUCGGAUGAAGCUGGGCAGCCCAGUGUUCCUCACUAAGUGUUUGGGUGCAGGCCACACUGGCUGGCAUCGCUUCUGGUAUCAGGUGGUGAUUCCUGGCUAUCCAGUGCCCUUUAGUGGUCUCAUCUGGGUCAUGCUGGCCCACAAUGGGCAGGAUGCACACGAGGUGGCCAAAGAUGCUGUGUCGGCACGGCUGCUGGAGGCAAUGAAUGAGUCUGGAGCUAGCCACCUGCAGUUUUCUGGGGCUGAAUUAGAUACCAUGGUUCAUCAGUGACACAUCUUCCCUGAAGACAGCCUGAUCAAGGACGCAAAGCCUGUGUCGAUCUCCAACCCAGCAGGCCUGGGCAGCUACCAUCUCACCCCAAGAGCAGAGCUCAGGUCCUGUCCUAAGCUUGGCAGCCACUUCCUAAAUGGGGAUACCUUGGGUCUGGUUAUACUGUGGGAUAGGCCCUUAUCCCCUCAGCCCAGGGUAGGGACUGGACUGGACCCCAGGGUCUUCCUUGGCCACUCUUUGAGACACACAUAUACCAUGUACCCACACCCAGUUCUCCUUCCCUUAGUAGUUUAACAUGAAUCUUUGCUUUUGUUUGCCCUCUUUGUUGGCUUUUAUUUGGAGGCUGGCUAAGCCAGAGGGUCAGAAAUAUCCCCUUUGUCUCAUUAGUAGUAGCAUUCCAAUUGUUGGUUUAUGUACAGUUUGGAGUUUUUCUAUGCUGGUUUGUAUUUAUAUUAAACUCGUGUUUGUUGUA